AACACCCUCUGGGUGCAUCUCCCUCCCUCAGAUGGCGCACAGCAACAAGGCGAAACGGAGGAAAUUGCGUCAUGGGGCUAAAAUAAUUUCCUAGCAGAAUGUGGCAAUUUUAUUAUAAGGCGUUCAAGUAAAUUGAUAUUAGUUGUAAAACAAGAUUAAUGACCAUCCCUUAUAUAGCUGCAGAUAAGCACGGCCUGCGACUUCAAAGCAUGCAUGAGCAGGAUGUUUCACAUACUUUUAUACUUAAGGACAGACGCGGUCUAUGUACAUUUGCGUGUUGCGAUUGAACGGUUUCUACUGCGAUAUAAUCUGGCCGCUUUCACAUUCUUGGCUUAUGUGUACGAUAAGUGGCAUGGGAUUUGCUCGAUACCCUGCUGACUUUUGCGAACGCAAUCGUCUGCUCAUAGCUACUUUGCCAUUUACCAUUAUUAUUAUUAUUAUGAAAUUUGCAUUAUAAAUUCGUGCAGCAUAUGCUGAGUGAACAGUAAAUAUUGUGAUGCGUCGGGUAAAAUAAACGCUGCGCGUUGCCGGGAAAUCGUGCCUUGCCUCCUCCGACAGCUCAUAUAAAACCAGCAAAUGUGUAUUUAACGGUUUAACACGAUGACUGGCUUAAGGAAACAUAUGGAAACCCUGAAGCAGAGGCUGAAGGUGGAUCUCUUCAGAGAAUUGGGGCGCCAGUAUCCUGUCUUCUGUUUCAUUAUGCUUUGUUUGCUUUUAUCCACCGUUCUCCUUAAUAGAUAUCUUCACAUUUUGAUGGUUUUCUGGUCGUUUUUGGCUGGCGUUGUUGUAUUUUAUUGUUCCCUUGGCCCAGAAUCUCUACUGCCAAAUAUCUUAUUUACAAUAAAACCGAAGAAGAAGCAGGAGCAACAGGAGUUGUUUCCCUUGGGCCACAGCUGUGCAGUUUGUGGGAAAAUAAAAUGUAAACGACACAGACCGACCCUGCUGUUGGAAAACUACCAACCCUGGUUGGAUUUGAAAUUGCCGUCAAAAGUGGACGCUUCUCUUUCAGAGAUUUUAGAACUGGUCUUAGAAAACUUUAUUUAUCCUUGGUACAGGGAUAUAACAGAUGAUGAAGCAUUUGUGGAUGAGUUGAGGGUAACCCUCCGGUUCCUUGCAGCAGUGCUAGUGCGCCGUGCGCAGAAGGUUGAUAUUCCCUCCCUUAUUACGCUCAAAUUGUUGAAAGCCGCCAUGAAGCACAUUGAAAUAAUUACCAAAGCACGACAGAAAGUGAAAAACUCAGAGGGCCUGCAGCCGGCUGCCUUAGAGGAGUACGGACCUGAUCUCCAUGUGGCCCUGCGGAGCCGGAGGGAGGAGCUGCAGUACCUCCGGAAGCUGACAGAAACACUGUUCCCCUAUAUUCUGCCGCCCAAGGCCCUGGACUGCCGGUCACUCACCCUUUUGAUUCGUGAGAUUCUGGCUGGUUCCCUCUUUCUUCCCUCCAUGGACUUCUUGGCUGACCCAGAUACUGUGAAUCAUCUUCUCCUUAUAUUUAUUGACAAUUCACCUCCUGAGUCGGCUAUGGAGCCCUCCUCCACCCUGGUCCCCUUCCUGCAGAAGUACUCAGACCCCCGCAGCAGGAAGCCGUCGAUGCUGAAGCUGGAGCUGAAGGAGAUCCGCGAGGAGCAAGACUUGCUGUUCCGCUUCAUGAACUUCCUCAAGCAGGAGGGCGCCGUCCACGUGCUGCAGUUCUGCCUCACUGUGGAGGAGUUUAAUGACAGGAUUUUGUGUCCGGAUCUGGCUGAAUCAGAGAUGCUGCUGCUGCACGAGGAGGUUAAGAAGAUUUACGAGACCUACUGCCUGGAUGAGAGCAUCGACAAGAUCCGCUUCGACCCUUUCAUCGUGGAGGAAAUUCGGCAAAUUGCCGAGGGUCCCUAUGGCGGGGUGGUGAAGCUGCAAACCAUGCGGUGUCUGUUCGAGGCCUACGAGCACGUCCUGUCCCUUCUGGAGAACGUUUUCACCCCUAUGUUCUGCCACAGCGAUGAGUAUUUCAGGCAUCUGCUGAGAGGAGCUGAAUCACCGGUGAGGAACUCCAAGCUAAGCAGAAAUAGCCUGAGUUUGGAUGACAUCCGCUCCGCGGGGUGGGACUACGCACAGAGCUCCGCGUCCCCGUCGGUCACCCCCGGCUCAUCACCGGCGUCUCUGUUUCCCCAUGUCCAGUCCAUUCUAACCCUCCCAUCUGGCAUUCUCACUUCUCUCCCUGCCGCGCUGAAGGGCAGCUCCAAACGCGGGGAGACUUUUGGCAUCAGCCGCAUCGGCAGCAAGAUCAAGGGCGUCUUCAAAAGCACGACCAUGGAAGGGGCCAUACUGCCCUCUUAUGGCCUGAUUGAGGGUGAAGACGACAUGGUAGAAGAGGCCAUCAUGGUGGUAGAAGACGAUUGCCCUGUGGAGGCGAUAAGUACGCCCAGCACCCCCCGUAACCUGUCCGCCUGGGACAUCAGCAUCCCCUACGUGGACUUCUACGACGACGAGGUGAAGAGGGAGCGAAUCCCAGUCUUCUGCAUCGAUGUGGAGCGUAACGACAGGAAGGCGGUGGGCCACCAGACAGAGCACUGGUCUGUAUACAGACGAUACCUUGAAUUCUAUGUCUUAGAAUCCAAACUCACCGAGUUCCACGGGUCCUUUCCAGAUGCACAGUUGCCGUCCAAACGAAUAAUUGGGCCAAAGAACUACGAAUUCUUAACAUCCAAGCGAGAGGAAUUCCAGGAGUACUUACAGAAACUGCUGCAGUAUCCAGAGCUCAGCAACAGCCAGCUGCUCGCUGACUUCCUGUCCCCACACAGCGUGGAGUCUCAGUUUCUUGACAGGAUGUUGCCAGACGUCAGCCUGGGAAAAAUGAUCAAGUCAGUUCCUGGGAAACUGAUAAAGGAGAAAGGCCAGCACCUGGAGUCAUUCAUACAGUCCUUCUUUAACUCCUGCGAGUCUCCGAAGCCCAAACCAAGCCGUCCGGAGCUAACUAUCCUCAGUCCGACGUCUGAGAACAAGAAGAAGUUGUUCAACGACUUGUACAAAAACAACGCCAACCGCUCGGAGGUCACCGAAAGACGGCACAAUCAGAACUACUUCAUGGAGAUGAUCACUGUCCAGGGCGUGUAUGACGUCCUGAUGUACGUUGGUCGAGUGGUGUUCCACAUUCCUGAUUGGUUGCAUCACCUGCUGAUGGGAGGUCGAAUCUUAUUCAAGAACACCCUUGAGGCCUAUACGGACUACUACCUGCAGUACAAGCUAAACCAAGUCUUCCAGGAACAUCGUGUGGUCUCCCUUAUUACUCUACUUAGAGAUUCGGUUUUCUGUGAAAACAGUGAUUCCCGCUCAUUUGAAGAUAAACAAAGGAGGGCCAAGAAGACUUUUGAGGAAAUGAUGCGCUAUGUACCAGACUUCCUGGGCAAGUGCAUCGGAGAAGAGGCCAAGUACGAGGGCGUGAGGCUGCUCUUCGACGGUCUGCAGCAGCCGGUUCUCAACAAGCAGCUGACAUAUGUUCUUCUGGAUAUUGCCAUACAAGAGCUAUUUCCUGAACUGAAUAAGCACGUGCAGAAAGAUGCGCCAGCCAUGGUUCCUUGGAUGUAGAGAUGAUCCGAGGCCGCGUUCUGGCCCGGCUUCACGUGACGGACGCUCGGUACGCCAUCACUGACACCAGAAGCAGAUGGAGCUACUGAACUCACUGUGGUUCCGCUUUGACUGUGACUGUGACUCUCAAGGCACCUGCCUUUAAAUUAAAAACUAAACACUUGUGCAGGGACGUGUAAGGGGAAUAACAGCGUGUAAUGCCCUAGGAGUUAAGAUGAUGUCACUACUGAUAUUUAAAGUUAUUUGUCAAAAUUCAUGUGAUCAGAAAAAGAUGUUUUCCUGUUUUUCAUUUUUGCCAAGUUACUCAUUAUUUCUUGAAAGGAUGUGUAGAUUAAACUAAGCCAAAAAGGUUUUCGUUCGAAACUUCAUUUAACUGUCUUCCAGGCCUCAUCUCUUGCCUGUAAUUAGCAUCGCCGGCACAUCUGUUCCCGGUCGAAACUGCGCAUCUCUCCCGCUCCGUGUCUAAUUAUGAGACGUGUCGAGCAGAAGGGUUUUUGUGAUCCGGCCUCCUUGUAAAUUAAGGAAAUAAGUUUGCUCGUCUGACAAUUUUAUUGAAGUGGUAAGAGCGCGUGUGAACUCGCAAGCCAUCGAAGGCAAUUGUCCCCCGCAUGAAGUCUCUGAAGAUGCCCGUCCGACGUCUGGGGACACACCGUGAGCCGCGUGCGAUUUACGCAUCGACGGGUGAAACGUUCAAGUCCUAAUGACGGGCAGGUGCACGAGCACGGGACGUCUCCGUUCCGUUAACGUUAAACAUCUGUUCAGCCUAACAAGCUGAAACCCGGAGGAAAUAGCUAUUGGUGAUAAAAUGACUCGGUAUGCACUUUGUCUGUUGAUAAUUUUCGCGAGUUUGCACAGAUCUGUUCCGCUUGGGGUUUGAGCAUGGCUCCCAUCUCUAGUGAAAACUAACAUCACCAGCUACCAUGUUUACUUGACUGUUAACAUUAAUCAGUCGCACAUCUGAAGAGCAGAGCCAUGCAGUCACAGAGUGGCUUAUUUCCGUGCUUCUUUUGCAUGUAGAUGUAACAGAUUCUGUUUUAUUUGUUCUGUUCGAUGUUCGCUGUUUUUAAAAGCCUGUUACCUGUUAAUGUCCAUAUAAACGAUGUUAAUAUUUAAACAUUUUACUAUAUAUAUGUUUGGAUCAUUAAGGUAAUUAAAAUGUACUGUAGUGAAACUGGAAACUUGUAAAAUUAAUUUUUGUAAAAGAGCAAAGCGUAAUGGGGUUGAUUUUUUCCCUGUAAUUAAAACACAAAACUACCUGUGUGCCUUGUGGCUUCCUGUGUACAUAAACAUCUCAGUGUUAUGUAACAAUAAUAAACUUCGGCUAAUCACG